UGCUCCCUCUCUCUCUCUCACACACACACACACACAUGCUCACACACACAGAAUCAGGACGGACUGACAGAUUGAUGGCAGUAUAAUGAUUCACUCCAAUCAGUCCAUUCACUCCAUCUUCUGCUGCUGCUGCUGUGCUCUACAGACCAGAAGCAGCACACGAGUGGAUGUGAACCCCAGAAGAUAUCCAGGAUCCAUCUACCCGACUCAGCAGUCUCAGAAGAAGCUCCCUCCGUCUCCUCCUGAGGAUGAUGAUAGCGGCGUGAUGAAGGUGGUGGCCAUAUACGACUUCACGGCCAGAGAGAGUUCAGACCUGACGCUUCAUCAUGGAGAGACGUACAUCAUCCUCCACAAACAAGACCAGCUGUGGUGGAGAGCCAAAGACAAGCAGGGGAACAAGGGCUUCAUUCCCAGUAACUAUGUUACAGAGAUUGGAACUAUAGAAGCCAACGACUGGUACUGCAAAAACAUUAACAGAGCUGAAGCAGAACAAUUACUCAGACAAGAGGGGAAGGACGGAGGGUUUGUGGUCAGGAGCUCCAGUCAGCCCAGCAGCUAUACUGUCUCAGUUUACACACACAGUUCAGGUAAAGGGGAGGUGAGGCACUACCAGAUCAAGCAGACAGACACGGCUCAGUUCUUCUUGGCAGAGAAUCACGUGUUCGGCUCUAUUACUGAACUCAUCAACUACCACAAACACAACGCAGCAGGACUGGUUUCCAGACUGAGAUAUCCCAUCGGCCCCUCGGGCUCAUGUCUCCCGGCCACAGCGGGAUUCAGCUCAGAUAAAUGGGAGAUCAACCCGUCGGAGCUGACCUUCAUGAAGGAGCUGGGCAGUGGUCAGUUUGGAGUGGUGCGGCUGGGCAAAUGGAGAGCGCAGCAUAAAGUGGCCAUUAAAACCAUCAAUGAAGGAGCCAUGAGUGAAGAUGAUUUCAUAGAGGAAGCCAAGAUCAUGACGCGUCUCUGCCACCCGAAGCUGGUCCAGCUGUACGGUGUGUGUGUCACGCAGCGUCCCAUCUGCAUCGUGACGGAGUUCAUGGAGAACGGCUGCUUGCUUCACUUCCUGCGGCAGCACAGCAGAACCGUGGGCCGCGUCCAGCUGCUCUUCAUGUGUCAGGACGUCUGCGAGGGGAUGGAGUACCUGGAGCAGAACAGCUUCAUCCACAGAGACCUGGCUGCGCGGAACUGCCUGGUGAACGAGAGGAACGUGGUGAAGGUGUGCGACUUCGGCAUGACCAGGUAUGUUCUGGACAAUCAGUACACCAGCUCCAUGGGCUCCAGGUUCCCCGUCAAAUGGUCUCCUCCUGAAGUUCUCCACUUCAACAAGUUCAGCAACAAGUCAGACGUCUGGUCAUUUGGUGUGCUGAUGUGGGAGGUGUUCUCGGAGGGAAAGACGCCGUUUGAGAACCGCUCCAAUCUGGAGGUUGUGGAGCAGGUGACGCAGGGCGGGCGUCUCUACAGACCUCACCGGGCGUCUGCACACAUCUACAACAUCAUGUACCGCUGCUGGCAUGAGAGACCUCACGGACGACCAUCUUUUUCUGAGCUACUUCAGAUUAUCAGACAGAUCACUGAAGAAGAGACGGACACAUGAACUCAAACAUAUGAGAGUGUGUGUGUGUGUGUGAGAGAGAGAGAGAGUGUGUAUGUGUGUGUGUGUGUGUGAGAGAGAGAGAGAGAGAUAGAGAUAGAGAGAGUGUGUGUGUGUGUAUGUG